AUGGUUCAUGUAAAUGUGAAGAACAAGAAGAAUGCUUCAGUCCAGUUGAACUACAUAAUCCACAUUGAAGAGAUCAAGCCAUGGCCACCAUCUCAAUCUCUGAGUCAUGUGGCAACGACUGUGCCAUGCAUUGCAGCUCCUCCAAUCUAUCUACCAUCUUCAUCAGCUUCAGUUGCUGCCACAAUUGGAGAGCUCGGAAACCAGCUCAGGAGAAGUGGUUCGUCCGUGCUGAGAAAAGCAUACACUAGCGACGAUGAGCUCGACGAGCUGAAAUCGCCUCUGGCUUCAAUCUUCCCCGAGCUGAUGCCUUGUUCAUCAUCAUCCCCUGCAGCCUGGAAACUGAAGGAGGGACAGAACCCGGUAAGGUACGACCUUCUGAGGGAGAUAUGGAAGAACAGUUAG